AUGUUUAGCUUUCUAUCGCAUAUUUUAUUUACGCUUUAUUGUUUAAGUUUCAUAAGCGUGUCUGAAGCUUCAAAUGAUGGAUUGGAUUUAAUCCAAUUGAAAGUUAUAAAUGAUAAAUUGAAUCUCUUGAAGAAAAAGAGUUCUAAUUCUACCACUUCCAAUAUUAAAGUUGGUGAAAUUAGAGGUAUUUCUUUGGGAGGUUGGUUAGUUACGGAACCAUACAUAACACCUUCACUUUACCACAAUGCAACCGAAAUUUAUACUUCAAGUAAUUCAUCAUAUUCGAAUUUAACUGACCCAAUUAUCGAUGAGCAUACAUUUUGUGAAAAAUUAGGUUACGAAACUGCGGGGAAAUUGCUGCAAGCUCAUUAUGAAUCUUUUAUAACAGAAGAUGAUUUCAGACAAAUCAGCGAAGAUGGAUUCAAUUUAGUGCGAAUUCCAAUUGGAUAUUGGGCAUGGAAACAAAACAAUGAAACAAAUGAAUAUAUCGAUGGCGUGUAUUUUGAAGAUCCUUAUUUUAGUAACGGUAUACAAUUACAAUAUUUAUCCAAAGCAAUUGGAUGGGCUUCGAAAUAUAACUUAUCAAUUUGGGUAGACUUACAUGGGGCACCAGGAUCUCAAAAUGGUUUUGAUAAUUCAGGAAAAAGGGAUUUAUAUGGUACUCCAGGUUGGUUAUCAGUAGAUAAUUCUACUGAAUUGACACUAGCAAUUUGGAACGAUAUUUUUGAAACUUAUGUCAUCAAUGAAGAUCAAGAUACUACGCCAAUUAUUGGAAUCGAAAUUAUGAAUGAACCAUUAAGCUCAAAAGUUUCAAUAUACGAUAUCACGAAAGCGUAUUAUGAAGGGUUUGGCAACUUUGAACGUUUGAAAGAAUCAAAUUCUAAUACUACAUACAAUACUACCUUUGUAAUCCAUGAUGCUUUUGAAGGAAUUGGUCACUGGAAUUUAGAAUUCAACCCACAAUAUCAAAAUGUUUCUAGUCAAUACGUUAAUAUUAGUGAUUUAUCAUUCAAAUCCCAGGAUAUUUUGGUCGAUCAUCACCAUUAUGAAGUAUUUAGUGACUAUCAAUUAGCUAAUUCACAAUUUAGGCGUAUUUAUGAUAUUAUUGAAUAUGGUGAAUCUAUUUUUGAUGAACUAGCAUAUCAUCCUGCCCUUGUCGGUGAAUGGUCUGGAGCAAUCACAGAUUGUGCAACAUGGUUAAAUGGCGUAGGUAUUGGGGCAAGAUAUGAUGGUAGCUAUUAUGACACUACUAAUUUUACCACUGAUUCUGAUAUUACUGGCCAAUGUACUUCUCAAUUGAGUUUUGAACAAUGGAGUGAAGAAUACAAAAUCAAUGUAAGACAAUUUAUAGAAGCACAAUUAGCCACCUAUACUUCACAGACUACAGGUUGGAUUUUCUGGAAUUGGAAAACUGAAGAUGCCAUUGAAUGGGAUUAUUUGAAAUUAAAAGAAGCUGGUUUAUUUCCUGUUCCGCUUGAUAAUUACACAUAUUUUAAUAACGAUGGUAGUAUUAAGAAUUCAGUUUCCAGAUCUUUAUCGGUUUCAGCAUAUCCUAAAAUGUCUUCUACAACCACCAAAACAACAAAAACAACCUCAUCAACAAAAUUAAAAAGUCUUGCCACCUCUUUGACUAAGUCAACGAUGUAUGUCACUAAAUUAACUACAACAGCGGUUAGCAGUUCGACAUCAGUUUUAGCAAUUAUGACAAUUAUUGCAAUUUCCCUAAUUUGGUUGUAA